CACCAUAGCCCCCCUUUUCGGCCCCCCCCUUCCUCACCCACACAGAGACACAGGCACACACACACAUGCUCACAAUCAGUGGACUUUAAACUGCUCAGUUAUGAAAAGUGCACAUCAGUGGAUGACACACCAAGUUACUCUUCUCUGCGGGGCAGAGGAAGUUCCCUUCUUGGUCUCGUGGUUUGGAGAGAGACCGCCUUCUGUGUCCAUUUGUUUAUAUUGAAGAGGGCCUGGAUGUGUUUAACACUGCACUCCCGUUACCAGCCGAGGGAGUUUGCCACAGGAUUGCCUCGCAAAACUCAAACGAGAUUAAGCAUUAACUCAGACACUCACAGACAACCAUUGAAGGACGUGUGUGAAGUUUUCACCAGUGCGUGUUUGCAUUCUUUAGAGUUUUUUAUGGCUUGCAAUCUCGCUGAAUCACGGCUUGCGUCAGUCUUCACAAGGACCACGCUCAGGCAGGACUAGUGGACAGCUUGGACGUCAGGAGCAUCACCUAGGAUUCUCCCCUGUCAGAGGGGAACAAGAGGGAACAUGUCGGCCGCUCUUGAUGAAUUCUGUGGCUCCACAUUCUGGAAUGCCUCGUACCUGGACCGGGCCGACCCGGACCUGCCUGUGUGUGUGGAGCAGACGGUUCUGGUGUGGAUACCGCUGGGCUUCCUGUGGCUCAGUAAUCCCUGCCACUUGGCAGCACUCUUCAGAGGCACAGCCCCCAAGAGACACCUCUCCAGGCUUUAUGUCAGCAAACAGAUCCUGGCUGGACUCUUAUUUCUAACAGCCGUGGCCGGGCUUGCCGUAACUCUCGGUGAGGAUUUUGGUCCCAAUACUGACUCCACAACCAAUGUGAAGAAUGCAGCUGUCUUCUACACCAACCCUGUGCUAUUUGCCGUCUCAUGGAUCCUGGUGAUGGUUUACCACGAGAGCGUGAGACGCACACACAUGGCCGUCGACUCUAGCUUGCUCUUCUUCUUCUGGAUGCUGCAGGUGGUUUGCGAUACAUUCCCCUUCCAGACACUCCUUCGGAAGGCACUGCAAGAGGGGGGAGUCUCAGAUCUUCCACGCUUCUGCUUGUUCUACAUAGCCUAUGGCCUGCAGCUCAUCUCCCUCGUUCUCUCUGGCCUCGCUGAUGUACCGCCUGAGGUCGAGGAUGUGGUGAAGAAGAACCCGGAAGCAGGAGCAGCAUGUCUCAGUAGAAUCACAUUUAACUGGUUCAACAGCAUGGUCUUCAAAGGCUUCAAGAGGCCUCUGGUUCAGGAGGACCUGUGGGAUUUGAGUGACAAGGAUGCCACCCGCCACAUCUAUGAGGGGUUUGACAGAGUGAUGACAGGCGAGCUGAGCAAAGCUCGGCACAGGUUUCAGAAGCAGCUCAAGAAGAGGAAAGCCAAACAGAAAGAGGAUCCCCAUCAAAAUGGCCUUUCAAAAGGUGUCAGCCAGGAUGUUCUAGUGAUGGAGGAAAAAGGUGCCAGCAAAGACAAGAAGAAAAUCAAAGAAAAAAAGAAAGAUGAUAAAACAUCGCAUCCAAAUUCAUGGCUUGUACCAACCAUGGCGAAGGCAUUCAAAUGGAUGCUCAUCGAGUCUGCUUUCUUCAAAUUACUGUAUGACCUUCUGGCCUUCGUCAGCCCCCAGCUGCUCAAGUUGAUGAUCACCUUCACCCAGGACACGUCCAUCUACGUGUGGCAAGGCUACCUGUAUGCCAUCCUGCUGCUGCUGGUGGCAGUGGUGCAGUCCGUCUUCCUCCAGCAGUACUUCCAGCGCUGCUUUGUGCUGGGCAUGAAGGUCCGCACAGCACUCAUGGCAGCAGUUUACAAAAAGGCCCUAAUUGUGUCUAAUGACACGCGUCAAGAGUCGACGGUGGGCGAGACGGUCAACCUGAUGUCGGCGGAUGCUCAGCGCUUCAACGACGUCACCAACUUCAUCCACCUUCUGUGGUCGUGCCCUCUUCAGAUCGCCCUCUCCAUCUUCUUCCUGUGGCAGGAGAUGGGCCCCUCCGUGCUGGCAGGCCUGGGUGUCAUGGUCCUCGUGGCUCCCAUCAAUGCCUUACUGGCCAUCAAGUCCAGGGAUCUCCAGACCGAAAACAUGAAGCUGAAGGACAAACGCAUGAAAAUGAUGAAUGAAAUGUUGAAUGGCAUCAAGGUUCUCAAGCUGUAUGCCUGGGAGCCGUCCUUCGAGGCGCAGAUCCUUGCCAUCCGAGACAAGGAACUGGUGCUGAUGAAGAAGAUUGCUUAUUAUUCCUCCGUCGCCACCUUCAUCUUCAGCACCGCCCCAGCUCUUGUUUCCCUAGCAACGUUCGCUGUUUUCGUCUCAGUCAGUUCAGAGAACAUUCUGGAUGCUGAGAAAGCUUUCACCUCCAUAUCACUUUUCAACAUCCUUCGUUUUCCUCUAGCCAUGCUUCCCAUGCUCAUUGCUGGCAUGGUCCAGACUACAGUAUCUAAAAAACGUUUGGAGAAGUUCCUGGGCGGAGAGGACCUCGACAGCAAUGCUGUGCACAGCGACCCAAGCUUCAGCAGUGCAAUCACUGUUUCAGAAGGCACAUUCUCCUGGGGGAAGGAGAGUGAUCCCACCCUUAAGAAUGUAUCCUUGGAUAUAAAGCCGGGUAAACUAGUUGCCGUGGUUGGAGCCGUAGGAGCAGGGAAGUCAUCCCUGCUGUCUGCUUUACUUGGAGAAAUGCACAGUAGCAAAGCUUCCAUCAACGUGAAGGGCUCAGUGGCAUAUGUACCCCAGCAGGCCUGGAUCCAGAAUGCCACACUCAGGGAUAACAUCCUGUUCGGGUCCGAGCUGGAGGAGGGCAGGUACCAGCAUGUGCUGGACGCCUGCGCCCUGAAGCCAGACCUGGAACAGCUCCCGGGUGGAGACCAGACAGAGAUCGGGGAGAAGGGCAUCAACCUAAGUGGGGGACAGAAGCAGCGCGUCAGCCUGGCCAGAGCCGCCUACAACAGCGCAGACACCUACCUGCUGGACGACCCGUUGUCGGCUGUGGACUCGCAUGUUGCCAAGCACCUCUUUGAGCAGGUCGUCGGGCCAAACGGACUUCUGAAAGAUAAGACCCGGAUCCUGGUGACUCACGGCGUCAGCUUCCUGCCUCACGUUGAUGAGAUUAUGGUGCUGGUGGACGGGCUGGUCUCUGAGGUGGGCUCCUAUGAGAGCCUGAAGGCCAGCGGAGGGGCCUUCUCCGAGUUCCUGUUCACGUAUGCAAAAGAGGAGAACAAUAAGUCGUCAAAGGAUGACUCUGAAACUGAGGAGGUGGACAUAAUCCCUGAGGCUCAGGAUCUCCAGGCUGAUGUCCCUCCUGAGGAUGUGGUGUCUGUGACCCUGAAACGGGACAGCAGCCUGCGCCACAGCCAGAGACACACUCAGCGCAAUGGCAGCAUCAGGCUGAGGACGAACAGCUCUGUGAAGGCUAAAAGGCCCUCUGAUGAGGCCAAGAAAGGCCAGAGGUUGAUAGAGAAAGAAGCUAUGGAAACUGGAACGGUGAAGUGGUCAGUGUACCUGCAGUACCUGCGCUCCAUGGGCUGGUGCUACACCUCCAUGGUCUUCCUCAUGUACUUCAUCCAGAACGUCGCUUUCAUCGGCUCCAACCUGUGGCUGAGCGACUGGACCAAUGACUCUCUGGAGUACUUUAACCGGACCUAUCCUGGCAAUGUGAGGGAUAUGAGAGUGGGUGUCUUUGGAGCUCUUGGCGUGGCACAAGGCAUCUUCAUUUUCCUGGGGACUCUUCUGCUGGCUGACGGAGCCGUGUCGGCCUCGCGGAUCCUGCACUCGCGCCUGCUGGCCAACGUGCUGCGCGUGCCCAUGAUGUUCUUCGACACCACGCCGUCCGGCCGAGUGGUGAACCGCUUUGCCAAGGACAUGUUCACAGUGGACGAAAUGAUCCCCAUGUCCUUCCGCUCCUGGGUCCUCUGCCUGCUGGGGGUGAUCGGCACCUUGUUUGUGAUCUGUCUGGCGACCCCACUUUUUACCGCCGUCAUCGUGCCCCUGGCUGUCGUCUAUUAUUUUGUGCAGAGGUUUUAUGUGGCGACGUCUAGGCAGCUCAGGCGGCUAGACUCCGUUUCCCGCUCGCCCAUUUACUCCCACUUCGGGGAGACCGUGGCCGGCCUGUCAGUCAUCAGGGCUUACAGGCACCAGGACAGAUUCCUCAAACACAACGAGGCAACCAUGGACGAGAACCUCAAGAGCGUCUACCCCUGGAUAGUCUCCAACAGGUGGCUGGCCAUUCGACUGGAGUUCUUAGGAAAUUUGGUGGUGUUUUUCGCUGCCUUGUUUGCGGUGGUGUCACGAGAGAGUCUCAACAGCGGACUGGUUGGGCUGUCCAUCUCCUAUGCUCUAAAUGUGACUCAGACCUUGAAUUGGCUGGUGAGAAUGACCUCCGAGCUGGAAACCAACAUAGUUGCGGUGGAGAGAGUGAGCGAAUACACAGAGAUCAAAAAUGAGGCGGACUGGAUCACAGGCCAGCGUCCUGAGAAAGGCUGGCCUAAAACCGGGAAGAUUCGUUUGGAGAACUACAAAGUCCGCUACCGCCCUGAGCUGGACCUGGUUCUGCAUGGAAUCACUUGUGAUAUUGACAGCACUGAGAAAAUCGGCAUCGUCGGCCGCACGGGAGCAGGAAAGUCCAGCCUCACAAAUUGCCUGUUCCGCAUCAUUGAAGCAUCCGAGGGGAGAAUCCUUAUAGACGGUGUGGACAUCGCUACCAUCGGCUUGCAUGAUCUGAGGAACAGGCUGACUAUCAUACCCCAGGAUCCCGUGCUAUUCUCCGGAAGUCUCCGAAUGAAUCUGGACCCUUUCGAGAAGUUCAGCGACGAGGAGCUGUGGAGUGCUCUCGAGCUCUCCCACCUGAAGGAGUUUGCUCACGGCCUGCCUGAAGGGCUGCUCUAUGAGGUCUCUGAAGGAGGCGAAAACCUAAGUGUUGGGCAGCGUCAGCUCCUGUGCCUGGCCAGGGCCCUGCUGAGGAAGUCCCGCAUCCUGAUUCUGGACGAGGCCACGGCGGCCGUGGACCUGGAGACGGAUGACCUGAUCCAAACCACCAUCCGCAAGGAGUUCGCCGACUGCACGGUGCUCACCAUCGCUCACAGGCUCAACACCAUACUGGACAGCUCGCGAGUGAUGGUGUUGGAUGCUGGCAAGAUAGUGGAGUUUGAUUCACCGAGUGCUUUGUUCCGGAAGCAAGGACACUUCUUCUCCAUGGCAAAGGAUGCUGGAAUUAACUCUGUUGACUACAGUGUCCUGUAAGUGCCAGAUAGCCUGGGUCCCUGUGGUCCAUUCCCACACAUUGCAAUACGUCAUAUCCCUGUAUGUUGCUAUUGUCCAGAUUUGUAACACUGACAUUUCAGUCAUACAAAAUGAUGUAUGUAUGUCACAUAUUUAAAUCUCUUUCAUCUUCACUAUUGAUUCGGUAUAAGGCUGCUAAUUUGAUGUAAUAUAUUGUCCAGUGUUUUGUACAGUUUGGCAGGGACUAUUUUAAAAAUGUCCUCUCUUUACUUUUGUAACUCUUGUAAUUUAGUUUUAUACUUAAAUAAACAUGUUCUCAAUGGG